UUUCAGAUGACAGAAAGUCAUUUGCCACUCGAUAAGAAAAUCAUCUACAUCACUCCUGAGGAACUGUCACAACUUCCAUCAGAUGGACCUCUUUAUGUGCUCUCAACUGGAGAUAACACAAAACCUAGUCUUCCAAGAAGUUCAUCACAACCUUCUGUGUAUAGUCAGAACAUAUCCUCCACAGCAUGCGUGUGCACGAGUUUGACGUGUAGUCUCACUACGACACUUUCAGUUUGCAAUCCAAGUUAUUUCAACAAUGUCUCAUAUCAGGUGCCCUUCAGCACCAAUGUUAUUCCAUAUCCUCCUCCUAUGGUUUCAGCAAGUGCGAUUCCUCCGUAUGGACUGUAUCCUUUUCAACCACCACCGUACCUGGGUACUCACCCAGGAAACUGGUUGACAUCAGGUUUCCAAAACUCUUCUUUAUAUAACCCAGGUGGUAACUUAUUCCCAGUACCUACUCAGUAUAUCCAACCUUACAAUCUAUUACCCAAUUUCCAACCAAACGUCCUAUCAAACGCAUUCAUCCGGACAUUUAAUCCUUAUGAACCACCUCCAUCUUUUAGUUUACCUCAACCUACUUCAAAACCAAGUAACACCGUUCUGCCACAUAAUACUACUACUCCUGUACCUAAUACUAGUGGUGUGACAUGUAUAACUAACCCUUCAAAUGCCAACACCACUCAUCGUCGUUCAUUCUGCCGGUCAAAUUGUGAUAAUGGAUCUUCAGAGACGUAUAUCUCGAAAACCGAUUCAACAUCAAUAAAGCAAUUGAAUCCUUUGCGGUAUACCAGAUUGAUUUAUGCUCCAGAACCUGAUUUCUUCACAUUCGAUAGUACUACUGGAUCGUUCAUAGCUACUCGUCAACUUACUGAACUAGAAGAUCGAUUUGAAAAUGAAGUGAUCGCUAGACGCCACCGAGCUACUUCAAAUGAUCCAGUGAGACAUCCUCCUGAACGUCCAGUAUUGUCAGAUAGUGAGCAUCGACAUAAUUGCCGUGCUUCUCGCUUACAUCGAUCAAAAAAGUCAUUUCAUAAUGAUACUGCGAAUUCCUUGUCUAUGAAUGGUAACUCUGAUAAUGAUUUGACAGACGAAAGUGAUGGAGAAGUUUCAAAGGAUAUUCGUUUAGAUCAGCCUAAAAAUAAGAAUUUGUUUACCGAAUCAACAGCAGAUACAAAGAUUCAUAAUUGUCACCGUCGUAGUCGUAAAAGUAAAGCCAACUUAUCAUAUAAUUAUGAAACCGCUUGUCGAUCAAAUGAUAACUCAAUACCUGAUUCUGACUCACAAACUGUUGGAUGUCAUUCAGUCGGUCAGCGCAGUAUAAGACAACAACGUGAAGUUGCUUAUAAAGUUGAACAUCCGAAUCGACUUCAUCCUGAUAUAUGGCAUAAUGAAGCUAAUGAAUUUAAUGAUGGUCCAGCAUGUUCUUGUAAACCAAAAUAUCGUAUAGGACCUCUACAUAAUCAAUAUGAAGGAGAACAGCCUAUACCAAUAUGUAUCCCAGAAUCGAGUAAUCAUGAUCGCCUCUAUCACUACCGUGUACUCAUCUCACCGACAACUAAUUUUGUUCAACCUGUCCCAUCGAAAAUCACACAUGAUGGCAAUGAUUAUAUAUUUGAUGGAUUUUCAUUAUUUCUGCAUUACAAAUUGAAUAAGCCACCUCCAUGUCAAGUUCUGCGUUUCAACCUGUUGUACGAUAUUUUUCCAAUUGAAGAGGAAUUCCCUCCGUAUUUCACCGUUCGUUCAUUAGAUCUCCUUACACAAUAUGUGUUUAUUGAAUUAUUAGAAUUGUUGGAUUUGAGUUGGAAACCGUAUGCAACUGAAGAAAGUUGCAGUGUGAUACAUUUAAUGCCGAGAUUUAUACGUCUACUGUCAAAAUCUGAUCUGACAUCAUUAUCAUCCAGUGGUUAUCUUUCCAUUACCAAUACUACUGAUAACAAUUCAGUCGACAGUAAUCAACAGUGUAAUAAUCAGUCAGAUAAAUCGGUUGUAAGCUGUGAUAAGGAUAAUGAGGCAACUGGUGAGUUGUUACCAGUCCAUGUGAUAAUGCAGUAUUGGUUAAAAGAAGCAUUGACUCCAGUGAUUGAUAUGAUGGAGUUGUCUUCAUUACAAAAAAUGUCUACAACUGAAUGGUCAAAUUAUAUUGCUGAUUUGCGCGGAACUUUAACUUGUUUUCCAGGCAAAAAACCAGCUGCUAUACGUAUAGAUCAGUUAGAUCGCCAGUCUGUUACAGGUCAACCAAAUAAGGGAGUACUAAUCUAUCCACUCAUAGUGCAUAUGACAUAUACACCGAUGAAAUUAAGUUUGACACGUGAACCGAAAUAUAAAUGUGUAUUGAAAAAUUUCAUGAAAUUACAAUAUUUAAUGAUGAAUAAGCCUAGAAUCAGUCCAUCGGAUCGUGCACAACUGGUUCAAUUGGCUAAUGAACUAGAGGAGAUGGAACAUUCAGGCGUACAUCGACGUGAAAUUACUGUGGAAAUCAGUUGUGAAGGCUUUUUUCGGACAGGUAUACGACCGGAUAUUCCGCAGUAUGCACUGAACUUGGUCUCGUUAGUAGCCCAUUUACGUUUUCAUAAAUCGCUAGAAAGUCUAGAGAACCGUUUGGGAUAUACAUUUAAAGAUAAAUCUCUGCUUCAUCAAUCUCUUACUCAUCCCUCGUAUCGACGAACAAAUUUUGGUACAAAUCAAGAUCAUUUUCAGAAUUCUUUAGUCAGCUGUGGUCCACGUAUUUUAGAGUAUGGUGAUAAGCUAGAAUUGUAUAAAGCUUGGCGUAAAAAAGGUUUAACAAAAAUGAUACAAGUUAUGUCAUUCUUACCAAAGAUGCACGAAGAACGAUCAAAUAUUUAUGGAAAUGAACGAUUGGAAUUUCUAGGCGAUGCAAUUGUUGAAGUUAUCUCUAGCAUCCAUUUAUUCUUCAUCUUCCCCGAAUUAUCUGAGGGUCAUUUAGACGCCUAUCGUCAGGCUAUCGUUCAAAAUCAACACUUGGCUGAGUUGGCUGUCCGUUUAGGUAUUCAUAAAUACCUGCUUUAUACCCAUAGUGUAGAUUUUUGUUAUGAUUCAACAUUCAUUUAUGCACGAUCAGAUGCCUUUGAAGCUCUAAUGGCUGCGAUUACUCUCGAUGGUGGACUAGAUGUUGUCAACAGAAUAUUUGGUGCUGUUCUUUUUGGUGAUGAUGAAAGAAUUCAUCGUGUUUGGGUACAAAUCCCUCAACAUCCAUUACAGGCUCAAUGCCCUGAAGGUGAUCGAUCAUGGGCAACUAAAGUUCCAAUGCUUAAGAAAUUAUGUACACUAGAAGAUACUCUGGGAAUUAAAUUUCAGCAUCUGCGUGUACUAGCUCGUGCUAUGACUAUCCGGAAGACAGGUUUCAAUUUCUAUACAUUAGGUGAUAAUCAACGUCUAGAAUUUCUUGGUGAUUCCCUGUUGAAAUAUGUUUCAACUGACUACUUAUUUCGUCACUUUCCUAGACAUCAUGAAGGACAUUUAUCGUUGUUAAAAAAUUCUCUCGUUAACAAGUACACACAAGCUUCUGUUUGCAGUGAAUUAGGCUUAGAGAACUAUGUUAUACGCCGUGAAGAUAACAGUAUGAACCGAUCACAGAGUAAAAGUAGUCAUAACAAUGGGGAGUCGAAUUCAAGUUUUUUCAAAGGCAAACGAAAUAAGAAAGGUCAGAAGCUGUCAAACCAUCCAGUUGGAAACAUUAGUAAUACUUUUAAUCCACAGAAUCAAAAUGUUAAAUAUCGAGCUGACUUGCUAGAAGCUUUUAUUGGUGCAUUGUUUGUCGAUAAAGAUUUGACAUGGGUGGAAAGAUUUUGUCAAAUCUGUUUUUGGCCACGUCUAGUAGAAUUUAUUCUUAAACAAGAAUGGAAUGAUGCGAAGUCGAAAUUGCAGCAGUGUUGUCUUACAUUUCGUUCAUUGAAUGAAGAUCCUGAAAUUGCACACUAUAAAGUUUUAGAACAUAGUGGUCCAACUAAUCAACGUGUUUAUCGUGUUGGUGUUUAUUUCCGUGGUCAGUGCUUAGCAACUGGUCAAGGCAGAUCUGUGCAACAAGCACAAAUGGAAGCAGCUAAAAAAGCUUUAGAACUACAUCAAGACACAUUUCGUCAAUUGGAUUUCCAACGAUCUGUUAUAUCAAGACGAUAUAAACAACCGUAUAUUAAUAAAAUAUUGAAUCAAGUACAAAAUUGGGAUGAGCAGUUGGUAGAUUACUUUAUAUCAGAUAAGAAUACAACGAUGACGACAACAACAACAACUAUCACCACAACCGUUACUGAGAGUACAAGUAACCGUAGUAGUGGUACUGGUAUCGGUAUUUUCACCGCUGACAGUAAUGAUGAUGAUAAUAAUAUUGUUCAUAAUGGGCAUAAGAAACCGAAAUUUCUGCUAGAUCAUAUUGAUUCAGAUGAUGAAAUGACUAAGAAUAAUAAGGUCAAACGUCGGUGUAUUGAUAAAACUCCCGGUGCAGCAGUUUGCAGUACAUUUAUUGAUGAAUUACAGCAAUUCAGUCACUUUGUAGUGGAAUCUGAAAAUGAACUUAAGCAAGCAAAAGAUGAGACUUUAAAAGUUGAAGUGUCUUCGUUUUUGUCCUCUUUCUCUUCAGCAUCAUCACCGUCAUCGACAUCACCACACUCAUCCAUAUGUCGCCUGCUGCCGCAACCGUCAGCUUCAUUGAUCACAGCAAACUCAAAUGAUACAUUCAUUGAAGAUGAUAGACAGAACUUCUGUCUAGAUGAAGAGGAUAACGGUGAGAAGGAAGAUGGUGAAGUGAUGGAAGACGAUGAUGACUAUCUUGAUGAUGAUGAUGAUGAUGAUGACGACUACUGUGAUAAUAAUCAUGAUGAUAAUAGUGAUAACUACAGUGACACUGACAUAAAGGGAAACAGAUGUGAUUACUUACAUGCAGGAAAAGAGAAGAAGAGCAAACUUUUUUAUCAUACAUGUAAAUAG